AAAAAAACAAAAAUCACAAAUCAUCCUUACAUACUACUUCCCAAUAUUCAAAUACCGACUUUUGUAAAAACUCUUUGGAAAAUAUUCAAAUACCGACUUUUGUAAAAAGAUGACUGGAAAUAUGCCCUAAACCCUGUCCCUUCAGAAUUUGAUUUGAUCGGUGUAAGUGGGUUCCAGCACAGCUUUAAAUACAAAAUACGUUUCCCUCUUCACUAUUCUACCGGGCACGUUGCAAGAGGGCGAAGGAGAAAUCUUGAGAUCAUUGCUGUGCUUUCCUUUUCUAGUGUUUCUUUACUUUCUGUUUCGUUCCGAACCCUAGAAAAUGCUUCCUCUAUCUCUACUAAAGACGGCACAAGGCCACCCUAUGUUGGUAGAACUGAAAAACGGGGAGACAUACAAUGGACAUUUGGUGAACUGCGACACUUGGAUGAACAUCCAUCUGCGUGAAGUUAUCUGUACCUCAAAGGACGGAGAUAGGUUUUGGAGAAUGCCUGAAUGCUACAUUCGUGGUAAUACAAUCAAGUAUCUUAGAGUUCCAGAUGAGGUUAUUGAUAAGGUUCAAGAAGACAAGAACCGUUCAGAUAGGAGACCACCUGGAGUGGGGCGUGGGAGAGGAAGAGGAGGAGGUCAUGGUCAUGGCCCAGAUGAUGCAAGCGGUAGAGGAGGACGUGGCGGCAGGGGGGGUGGCAGGACUGGUGGGCCCGCCAGAGGUGGAGGCCGUGGACGGUAGUAGCAAAGAGAGAGAGAGAGAGAGAGUAUGUGUAUUGGUGUUUUGCUGCGUUGGCCACUUUUAAAAGGCAUACUAUCUAUUACAUCAUCUGCCCUUUAUUUUUGUUUCUAUCAACAUCCUAUAGAUAGCACUUUGCAGCGGCAUGGUCUCUUCUAAUUGAUUAUGUUUAAAUUCAGAAAACAAAAUUGAUUGCUACUUGUAUCUCCUUGGAUCAGAAGAGGUUAGCAUAAUGAAUGUAGUAAGAUAGAGAAAAUUUAUCACAAAGACUUUCACUACUUAAUUUUAAGCUGAAUCAGUUAAGCUCUAGGCUAUCACCACCAACUUCAUGGAAUGCAUAUGGUGGGGUAUUGGUUUGACUAUUUAUAGACCCACAACUUAGGUCUCACAAGAACAUGCCAAACAUGGCUGUAACGUUACAAUUUUUUUAAAGCUAUGCUUGGU